AUGGUUCUGCAGUUCCGUAACUGCCUGUUUUUCACAUCCAGGAAACAAAGAUUCAGAACAAACCUCCCCGGGACAGAACCAGAACCAGGACCAGGAUCAGGACCAGAACCAGGACCAGGACCAGGAUCAGGAUCAGGAUCAGGAUCUGAAGGUCCUCGGAACCGGUUCCUGCUUCAUCUCACACCGGUAUUGGGAACCGGGAACCAGAACCAGAGCGACCGCCACCCCCCCACCCCCCCACCCCCCAGUCUGACCGGAACCAUGGCCUCCAGUCCCAGCACCGCCCCGUCCGGCUCCACGGCCCCCCAGGAGGAGCAGCUCGCCCCCCCGUCCGGCUCCGUGGCCCCCCAGGAGGAGCAGCUCGCCCCCCCGUCCGGCUCCACGGCCCCCCAGGAGGAGCAGCCAAUCACCACGCAGCCAGGGGUUGAGCCGGGCGGCGAUGCGGGCAAGGCGGGCGAGGCGGGCAGCGAGCUAGCAGCCCCACCGGCCACCACCACCACCGCACCAGCCGGGGGCCAGCAGACCCCGACCACGGACCCCCAGGACCCCCCGGAGGACCCGGCCCUGGACCACCUGACCGUCAUCAGCGAGUGCACCGAGACAAGUAACGGCGUGGCCCCCACGAUGGCCGACGCGUCCCCCACGGUGUCGUUGGCGUCGCCCAGGCUUCACGCUAAGCCGAGCGCUAACGGCCGGGCUCGGCCGGGCAGCCGGUCCGGCUCGGUGGGCGGGCUCAGCUCGGUGGGCGGGCUCGGCUCGCCCCGGCCCUCGCUCACCCGCCGGCCCAGCGCCAUCACCGAGGGCGACGGGUCCAAGCCCCGGGACUACCUGCUGCUAGCCAUCCUGUCCUGCUUCUGCCCGCUGGUGCCCGUCAACAUCGUGGCCCUCACCUUCUCCGUCAUGUCCCGGAACAGUCUGGCGCAGGGCAACGUGGACGGAGCUCGCCGGCUCGGCCGCAACGCUAUGGUUCUGUCCAUCGUCUCCAUCCUGGGAGGAAUCGCUAUCAUCGCCGCCGCGCUCGUCUUCAACUGGGGGCUAAUCUUGAAGUCCUGAUGGGAAGCAGUUGCCACGGCAACAGACCAGCGACACGACGGCGUCCGAACCACCGCGACUUCGUUCCAGCCUGGUCCCUGAAGCUCCGUCGUUUCUCAAGCGUCUGCACCAGAAGAGAAAAAGAGACGAACGUUCUGUUUUUGUUCUUUGCUGUUGUUUGUUUUUCUGCACGAUGACGAGAGCAUGGACUCGGCUGGAUCGCUACACCCUCGUUAGCAGCUUAUCUCCUCCGCAGACCGGACCCCCCAUCAAUCAAUCACAAUCAUGGACUCUUGUCUCUAGAGAAGGAAUUAUUCUGAGCUCUGAAGGACGUUUUUCUCGCUUCGAUGCCAAAACGCUGAGAAAUCGUCUCAGCUGAAGCGAACUGGUUUCUGGACUUGAAGGAACUUUCCUGUGAAGACUGAAGGAUCUCAAACCGGCGGAGGAUCAGUUUCACCCCACAAACGCACAAACGGAGGAACCGCCGAGUCCCUCCUCCACAAGACUUUCAAAAACAUGUUCCUGAUGUUGCUGGAGCACGAAAACAAAGCGGCGGACGAUCUCAGAUGUUUUAGCGGUGAAUGUUUUAGCGGUGAAUGUUUUAGCGGCGAAUGCUACGCUGCAGGUUCAGUCGCUCGCUGAGCGCUAGCAGCCUCCGUUGAAUGUACGAAUACGAGGUUUAAUGAGAGCGACGCUGCACUAUAGACCAGUUACAUUAGUACAAUUACAAAGUGUUUAUCUACAGCAAUCCAUUAUAGCGCAUCCAAACAUGUCGAGGUUCAUAAAAGGAGUCUGGUGUGUUUUAAAAUGUUUAAAAAAAAUCAAGCCUUCCAUGUUUAAACGUCCGCAACGAUGGAAGUUUAGAAAAACCUUCCGUUUGAUGAAUCGCUUGUUGUUGCCUGUAAUUAGGAACAAAUGUAUUUCAAGUAAAACGCUCACAUCCAUCCGCCGUCGGGGGAAUUCUGCAUGUUUUGAGCAGUUUUGAAUCCAGCGUAAAUCAGCUGAACAUGCUAGCCUGCUAGCCUGCUAGCUAUUCCAGGAAGGUUUGCAGUAGCUACACUGAAAAAAGUAAACCAACGCUGUCCUCCAUUUUUAUUUAUUUUUUUCUCAUUCUAAUAGUUGAAAAAUAUUAGUUUGCUUAUUUAAACUAAGUUUUCUAAUUUAUAUCUAUCAGUGACAUUUUUUUUUUUACUUUACUAUAUUAUAAACUGACAACAGAUCAUUUUCUGGCGGUAAUUCAAAAAUAAUUUAUAUCAAAUAAAAAGUUAAGCUAAAUGAAGUAUUUAUACUGAGUCAACACUAAAAUAUUAGCUGUGACAGAUUACCGUCGUUUUUUUAAGUUAAGGUUAUAUUUUUUCCAGUGUAGCCUGCUAGCUGUUUUAAAGUGUUUACAAAGGGCUGGAUUUUGAUUGGCCUUUAGAUUUCCUGAGCUGGCUCCGCCCACAUUCUACAUCAGCGCGGCUAAAAAUUUGUUUAAAAAAAAGUGUUUUACUGGAAGUGAAAAUGGGAAAUUCCAGUCUCUCAAAUACUCUAAAGUAUCUUUUGCGAGUGCGUGUGAUUUAACGCUAACACUUCGGACAAACUUUGUAAUUAUUAUUUUGAACUUAAGUCAUGAAACUGGUGCCAAACUCAACAAAAAGAUGAUUUUUAGUUUUUUCUUUUGUUAAGAAAAAGGGCCUUUUAUGCUGAACGUCUGACGCAGAUACGAAGACGGACGGAUGUUUCUGUCCACGACUGCGUUGAUUUCAUCGUAUAUUUCUGCGCGUCGUGUACGAACUUCUGAACAACCUGAAGCUCAGAGAAAACUAGUGGACAUCCUAAAGUAUUAAGAAGUAUAUUUAUCAACUUAUUUAUGCAUGGAUAAAGAAAAGAAAAGGAAAUGCCUCUUUAUCGCUCGACAUUUAUUCGCACAUACUCGAACCAGAUUAGCACAAAUGAAACAAUCUCGUUGAUAUCGGUGGCGACUCGUCGCCGCCCCCCGGUGGCGGCGCAACGCCUGAAUAUGUGAAACCUACGACUCGAGACCAGUAUUUUAGUUGUUUUUCAACAUAAAAGCUAAGUUUUACUGUGAAACUGAUCGACUCCGUUGGUAACGGCUAGCUGCUAACGGCUAACGUCCUCGUCUCAACGUGCCAAACAUCCCAGUUCUGGUUGUUCUGGGUGAAUCUUUGAAUCUACGAGGAGAUGAGCUGCAGCAACGCCGCGGCUCCGCUAUAACCAAGUUUACAGUGCAUGUUUACAGUAUUUAUCACAGAAUGCUUUUAUAAAACUCUGUAGCGUCGUUAGCAGCAGAUCUUUUUUCAUUAUGCACAUUAUGCAAUGUCGAGAAAAAAGGCGAAAUGUCGAGAAAAAUGUCGAAAUGUCUAGAAAAAAGUCGAAAUGUUGAGAAAAAAGUCAAAAUGUCGAGAAUAAUGUUGAAAUACAAUUUCGAUUUCAUUCGCGAAAUUGCAUUUCAGCUUUAUUCUCGAAAGUCGAAAUGUUGAGAAAAAAGUCAAAAUGUCGAGAAUAAUGUUGUAGAAAUUUAUUCACGAAAUUUUGGCUUUAUUCUUUGAAAUUGUAUUUCAACAUUAAUCUCGUCAUUUCGACUUUUCUCUUGAAGUUCAGAAUAAAAAAAAAGACUGGGCGGAGCUAACGUUGUAAAUAACUAGUUAUCCUUUUCUGCUCUCUGAUUGUUUCUUCUUCUUCUUUUUGUGAGAGACGUUGGCCAAAGGUCAGGGAGGUUUGGAGGGUCGAUGACGGCGCUGGAUUCACGUCACGUUGAAAAUCAGUCAUGAAAUAUCAAAAUAUCGUGAAUGAGAAUAAAAAGAGAUGUAAUUCUCGAAAGUCGAAGUGUCG